UCUCGCCGUCCCCUUGCCGCAAAUAGCUCCGGCCUUCCGGCGCACACAAAAAAAGACAGCUUUUCCAGCAUUCCGCAGCCGAAAAAAAAAAGGCCCAAGCUUCGCUCGGUCGCUGUGCUAUCUCUCGCGACAACGCCAUGGCCGCCACCGGCUCCUCUCUCUUCCUCGCCUCCCCCGUCGCCACCGCGCCGAGAGCCCGCGGCCGGUCCACGCUCUCCGCGGCUUCCCCUGCCCGCCCGUCCCUGCGCCCCCGGUCGACGGCGGUCGCGGCCGCGGUCCAGGCCGAGCACCAGCCCGCGGUCGCCGCGGCGCCGAAGCCGCCGGCGCUCCCGUUCCGCGUCGGCCACGGCUUCGACCUCCACCGCCUCGAGCCGGGCCUCCCGCUCAUCAUCGGGGGCAUCGACAUCCCGCACGACCGCGGCUGCGACGCCCACUCCGACGGGGACGUGCUGCUGCACUGCGUGGUGGACGCGAUUCUUGGUGCGCUCGGGCUGCCGGACAUCGGGCAGAUCUUCCCGGACUCCGACCCCCGCUGGAAGGGCGCCGAUUCGUCGGUGUUCAUGAGGGAAGCUGUGAAAUUGAUGCAUGAAGCAGGCUAUGAGCUGGGGAACCUUGACGCUACAUUGAUCUUGCAGAAACCUAAAAUUAGCCCAUUCAAGGAGACAAUACGGUCCAACUUGUGUGACUUGCUCGGGGCGGAUCCAUCCGUCGUCAAUCUGAAGGCCAAGACGCAUGAGAAAGUUGACAGUAUAGGUGAAAAUAGGAGCAUAGCUGCGCACACUGUGGUUCUUCUGAUGCGGAAAUAGGAAAAUAUAAGUGUUCUACAAAAUACAGGAUUUGAAUUGUACCAUAGUGAACACGUUGUCCUUAUGUAAGUGGUUUAUCACUAUGAAAUUUUAGGGUGGAAAACAAUAAAACUGAAUGUAGUGAAAUUUUAUGGAUCCA